AUGGCCUCAACACCCACCACCCAUCAAGAAACAGGCGACCAAAUGCAGAAGGCGAAUGAAGAGACCAAUGCCCUCCAGGCACCUUCAGGAUCUCCUCCUCGUUCCCAUCAGAACUGGACCCGUCAACGAUUCCAGCCUACAUGUUCUCAUACGACUAUGACGCGCCUGUAUACUUCCAAUCUGACGUGCUCCACGACUUUUGACAAGCUCGGACACUUGUUUAGCAAGGACCUAAAGCCUCGUCACCGAGGCCCAGAGAGCAGAUCAGAUCUGUUAAGUUUCUUCAGGGAGGUUACAGAUGAGCAGUUGAAGACCUACACGCCUGAUCAGGUUCGCACCAUCUUAGCCCAGAGAGAGCAGUGUCUCAAGGUUGCGGCACAAUCGUCGCGCUCAACGAAGCCUCCACCAGGCUUUGAGCACCUCCCUGAGACCAAGUUGUGGGUCCCAGACGGAGGUCGUGAGUGUCAGUAUAAAGUCUGUCCGCGUUGCCGUCCUUCAGCCGAAAUAAGGUCGUUCCUGAGUCUGGACGGCAUUGUGAAUGGCGACAUACCAGCCACUGCAGCUUUAGGCUUUGGCUUUCACCUGAAUGAAGCUCGGCCAAUUAUCCAUCCAGACCGAUUGAAGAACAUUGGUCUACGGCCUAUACCCUUGCGAAAACCUUACGAGCGCAGCUUUUCCUCUAUGUCUACAUUGUCGUCUUUAUACCUAUCCGCCAGUGACGAAGAGAUGAUUAAAGCUGCAGAUGCGAAUUUGCAGUCCUCACUCAUAAGCAUUGGUGGUGAACCAGCGACCUCGGAGAAUACUGGAAAGGCCAGCGUCGCUACCGCCACCACCACCGACGUCGACGCCCAGUCAUCCAAGUCCACCGCCCAUGAUUCACCCAAGGAAAACACUAGUCCUACUUGGUCAAUUGCCCACAAAGAAUCUAUUCCACUAAAAGCCUCGGGAGAGCACGCCAAUUUACGCAAAUGCUCGACGCAGAUGAUGAAGGAGGAAAUGGAGGAAGGACGAUUCCACAAGGAGCCUUUAGAGGUUGACCACGGCGUUGCAGUCUCAGAGGAAGGCGUUGGUCUAGGAGUGCCGGAUGUCAUCACGCAAUUGUGA